UACCAAUAUACCCAAUCAACAUGAGCAGGCCAGAACAUAUUGCACCACCAGAAAUCUUUUAUGGCGAUGAUGAAGCCAGAAAAUACUCUUCCAAUUCUCGUGUUCAGCACAUUCAAGCUCAAAUGACAGAGCGGGCGUUGGAAUUAUUGGUGUUGCCGGAAUGGAAAGUGGAACAUGGUGCACUCUUGUUGGAUAUUGGAUGUGGAAGUGGAUUAAGCGGAGAAGUAUUAACCGAAGCAGGACAUCAAUGGAUCGGAUAUGAUAUCGCUCCAAGUAUGUUGGAAGUGGCGCUGGAACGUGAAGUUGAAGGAGAUUUGCUACUCGCCGAUGCAGGACAUGGAUGUCCAUUCAGACCUGGUUCUUUUGAUGGUGCGAUUAGCAUAUCAGCAUUACAAUGGCUUUUGAACGCAGACACAAAAGCUUCUUCACCUAUCGCACGUCUUCAACGAUUCUUUGAAAUGCUACAUCAAUGUUUAUCACAUGGUGCUCGAGCUGCAUUGCAAUUUUAUCCGGAAAAUGAUGCUCAAGUGGAAUUGUGUAUGCGUGCUGCCACAAGGGCAGGUUUCGGUGGUGGAUUGGUGGUAGAUUAUCCAAACAGUAGAAAAGCAAGAAAAUGCUUUUUGGUUUUAUGGAUUGGGGGAACGAUGAGAAUACCGGCAGGAUUGAUGAAUGAACAAGAAAUGGCAGCAUUAAAUUCACAACAAGAACAAGUUAAACAGGAAUUACCCCGUGGCUUGGUUGCUGAACAUGAGGAUCCCAAUGCAGCCGCUGUUGGACAAGUGAAGUUUGAGGGACGCCGUGGGCAAGCAAACAGCAAGCACAGAGGAGGCAAAGCAAGUAAGAAAGCCCGAGCGGCCGAAAAGGGUACCCGUGAUUGGAUCUUGCGUAAAAAGCAAUUAUAUCGAUCUCGCGGAAAAGAAGACGUUCCAACAGAUUCCAAAUUUACAGGCAGAAAGCGCAAGAAUGCCUUUUAGCCUUUGUUUUGUACAGUGUCAUUCUAGCAUUAUUGUAUUUCUACACAUUCUCUCUUAUUCAACAAUUCAAUUAUCUAUUAGCUAAA